GUCAGAACACCAGUGCGCUUGUCAGUUUAUUUCAGCGAUGGGUUUUGUAGCAGGUUCCCUGCAGAGAAUUUUUCUAGCGUCGAUUAUUUUUGGAGAAGCAAUAUCGAGUCAAAUAGAAUACAUAAGAAUACCAGGAUUUGAUGGUUACAGACCAAAAGACCCAAAUCCGAUAGUCACAGUAAAUUACACACCAGAAGAUGGAAUUUUGUCAUGUUUUUUGGCAUGUUUACAGAAUGACAAUUGCCAUUCGAACUUUUGGAACACUCUAGAUUUCACUUGUGAAAUGUAUGCAACCAGAUUUGACAACAAUCAUACGAUGUCUUUGGAACAAAAGUAUGGAGAACAAUACUACGUAAAAGCUAACAGAUGUGAAAUGGCAGGCUUUAUCUGGGUCGAUGAUCUGCUGUUUUGCUUUCAAAUAUUCACAAAUUCAUAUAGAAACCAUAAAGAAUCAAAUCUAGCGUGUAGCAAAACAGAGGGAGGUAGACUAGCACGGAUUAAUACAAGUGACAAACAGAAUCAUGUGCACAUUACAAUUUUAUCAUUAAACGGCGUAUCUGGCAGUUUGUGGAUUGACGGGGAUGAUAUGGAACAAGAAGGUGUCUGGAAAUAUUCGGAUGGAUCUCCCAUGACAACAACAUUUUGGAAUACAGCUAGCAGUGAACCAAGUAAUAAGCAUGGCAAUGAAAACUGUGCCUCUAUGGAGAUCAGUUACGGGUCCUUAUGGAAUGACAGAUAUUGCGAACACGAUUCAAAUUAUAUAUGUGAAAUCGCAUAACAUCAUUUUAUCUAUAUGGUGACGAAGUUCCCAAUUACGGUAGAAAAAUCAAAAAAAAAAAUAAUAUGGGGACGAAGUCCCAAAUAACGGUAGAAAAAUCAGUAAUAAUAAAAAAAAAAAUCGGGAAGCGCAGAUAUCUGUCUUGUUUGCAUGAUACUUUGAUUUUUUUUUAUAAAUAUCAGUCUAGUAAGAUAUAAGAUUGGAUCUCAAUACAGUUGGAAAGCAGGUCACGGUUAGACCCCAAGUUUAUCAGCAACAAUAGAGUCACGUGACCGUGAAAAUUCAGUAAAAAAACGGCCAAGACAAACCUCAUUUUAAUUCAGUAAAUACUAUUGUCGUAAUAAAAACUUAUUGACCUAACUAAUCUUGAGUAUCCAUAGUUUAUUAUCGUCAAAGCUCAAACAUCAAAUCAAAGUCCUUUAUUCUUUAUUUUAUCUGCAAACUUGGAGUUUGGGUGAAAAUUGUCAAUUCUCCUGAUCGAAAAAUCUAAAUAUUUACGAGGAAACUAAAAAUGAUGGGCUGAAUUUAAAUCUGAUAAAGCAUCUCAUUAAGAAAAACACUUGAUAUUAAUAUCUCGGCAAUAGAAUGUUGGAUACGCAAACGUCAAAAUGAUUUCAAAACGGAGCGGUGUUUUUUAUGCCGAUUUGUGCAAGUGUUUAUCUCCCCUUAAUAUCACCAGUCAAAAAUAAAAUUGCAUAAAAAUUAAAAAAGGAGUUUACUUUAAAAAAAUU